AUGGUUCUUUACUGCGACAGAGGGAGCAUGUCCUUCGUGCGCCCGAAAUUCAGCUUGCAGCAGUCGUCGGCAUUUUCCCCCCCGCCGGACAGCCUCCGCUCCCUUCCGGAUCUGGUCGAAUUUAAUGCCUGCUACAAUCCGAAGCAUCUUUUCUGCCUGCAGUAUCAGCAUGACGUCCAGUUACCGCCGCGUCGCAUCAUGAUGGGCGACCUCCACAGCGCAGUGCUGCGGUGCUCCACGUGGCUAGCGGAGCAGGGUAUGGUGCAGACUCCUGCGAUAGUGGAGGGCAAACUCGUCAAGGCUCACCCGGUUGCUCUGUUGAUGUCCAGCGACGUCGGUUGGUUCAUCGUGUUCUUGGCUUUGUUGCGCGUCGGUGUUCCUGUGGUAUGCUUGUCUGCUCGUUUGUCCCCCCCGGCAGUUGUACACCUUGCCGUGGAAACGAACGCCAGGGCUAUUCUCAUUUCUCCGCAGCUGGAGAUUCUUGCCGCAGAAGCGACGUCUCUGCUGUCGUCGAAGGAAGAAUUAGCCGUGCAACCUCGCUUCCUGCAGGUACCAUCAUACGUCGACUUCGUGCGAGCCGCACCCAUGGAGGCGGAGUCUCAGUCAUCGCCGCCGGCGAACCAGAUCAUCGAUGCUCGGGAUAAGAACGUAGUGAUAUUGCAUUCGUCUGGAACGACGGGCCUGCCAAAGCCUAUCUAUCACACACACGCAUAUUUGCUCGGCUAUGCCGCCUGCCACAGGUUGUCGGAGCACGAUGUCGAUGGCGGUCUGAACUUCUCGACUUUGCCGCUGUAUCAUGGCUUCGGAUUGCUUGCUCCCUGCCUCUCACUGUCGGUUGGACUUCCAGUCGCCAUGUUCGCAGCGACAACGAUACCCACCGGAACAUCUUCGUAUGAGAUUCUGAAGUCUUGUGGCGCAACAUCCCUGAUGACAGUCCCUUCGAUACUCGAAGAGCUGUACCUUCUUGAGGGUUCGUGUGGUGUAGACGCCCUUCGUCCCCUCCGGCUUGUGGCUGUCGGUGGUGCGGCCAUGAAGUCGAGCGUCGCAGAGCCAUUGGCUGCCUCAGGUGUACCCAUUCUGAAUCACUGGGGCGUGACCGAGUUAGGAGCCAUUGCGCCCAUUAUAAUUCCCGAAGAGGGUUAUGAUUGGCACUAUCUGCGCCUGAGAGAUGAUCUGAACCUGCGCAUCGAGGCUAUUGACGGGCAGCCCGGAAAUUACCGUCUCGUUGGGCUGCCUCUGGGCUCGUCCUGCGAGUUCAUCGUUCAGGAUUUGCUCACAGUGAACCCCAAGAAGCCUGGGACAGAGUUCAAGAUCCUUGGUCGAGUCGAUGAUCUGAUUGUCCUCGCGACCGGCGAGAAGGUGCGACCGACGCUACUGGAACAGCACGUUUCGGAGCACCCUCUUGUGAAAGGCGCUGUCGCUAUCGGGGAGGGACAGUUCCAGCUGGCAUUGCUUGUCGAAGCGGCUUCCCAUGUGCAGCUGGAUGUCGCGGACGAAAAGGAGGUGUCAUCUUAUCUCGACAAGAUCUGGCCGGCGGUAGUCCUCGGUAACGACUUCACAGACAACCAUGCUCGCGUGACGCGCGAGAUGAUUCUCGUCACUACGUCGUCUUCUCUGCCCCUGGCACGCACCCCCAAAGGCAGCAUCCCGCGGAACGACAACGCCAAGCUAUUCCAGACAGAGAUCGAUGCGCUGUACGCGAAGGCUGACAUGGCCAAUGUGAAGCCUUUGCCUCUAGAUGACGACGAGCAGCUGAAGGAAGCUAUCCGCGAGGCUGUCCACGCGUCAUUCACUAUCCCACGGGCUAUCGCGGACGAAGACGACUUCUUCGAACGUGGUAUGGACUCCCUCCAGGCGACUGUGCUACGUCGUCGCCUUGCUGCAUCUGUCGCGCUCGCUUCGUGGGGAGAUAAGGGAUCCUGGACCAUCUCACCCAAUUUCGUCUACGCUAAUCCAUCUGUCCGUGGUAUCUUCGAAGCUCUGAAGACACAUCUUGGGUCAGGUUCCGUCGACGCAUCAUGUGAUAGAAUCCAACAAAUCCGCAAUGUCGCCGCAGAGUAUAUGCAGAAGAUCGCCGCUCUACAGCCGGCUCCGCGCUCUUGCGAUACGUCUAAGCACAUUGUCGUGCUCUUGACUGGGAGCACUGGCAGUCUCGGAAGUGCGCUGUUGAGCGAUCUUGCGCGUUCGCCUUUCGUAACGAAAGUAAUAGGUUUGAAUCGCCAGUCUGCAAGUGAUAUUCACAAGCGUCAGCUAGCUGCGCUGACGAAAAUAGGUGUUGAUCUGGGUGAAGACUGGAAGAAGGUUGUGCUGCUUGAAGGUGAUCUGUCGCUUGAACACUUCGGGUUAGAUAGUUCCACAUAUGACGGUCUCCGGGAAGUAACACACAUCAUACACAACGCGUGGCCCAUGGAUUUCAACCGGUCUCUCACAUCUUUCCGCCCUCACCUCGAUGCAAGCAGAAAUAUUGUGCAACUCUGUCUGGAUAGUACUUGCAGAUCUCCUGUACGAGUUCUGUUUUCGUCUUCCAUUGCUGUUGUAGGGCGUUAUCCCAUCCUCAAUGGAGGUAACGAGCCUAUCAAGGAAGGACCGUUGGAAGAUCCGGAGGCCAUCGAUCACUUCGGAUACGCAGAGGCGAAGUGGGUUUGCGAAAAGAUGUUCGAGGAGGCGUCUCGUCGAUUUAGAGAUCGUAUCAUUGCGGGUAAUGUUCGAAUUGGCCAACUCACAGGCCCUGAGGCCACUGGCGCUUGGAGUAUAUCGGAGCAUCUGCCUAUGAUAAUCAAGUCGGCUGCUGCUGUCGGAAGAAUGCCAAUAGUUGAAGGGCACGCAUCGUGGAUACCCAUUAACCGAGCGUCGCAGGCUUUCAUCGAACUGCUCUUUUCCCCGUGGUCCUGUCCCGUGUACCAUCUCGAGAACCCGUCUCGCCAACCGUGGUCCGAGGCGCUAGAAGUGUAUGCGUCAGAGCUCAAACUCUCUUCGCCAGACCAAACUCUUCCCUAUCUGCAGUGGUUGGACAAAGUGCGAGAGAACCCUGACACGGUCGCCAACCCCUCCGUAAAGAUCAUGCCCUUCCUAGAGUCCGAGUUCCUCAGGAUGGCAACGGGGCAGGUGGUGCUAGAUAUGUCCAUAGCGAAGACGAUGUCGCCAUCUCUGAAGGCGUGCGGGCCACUUGAGCCCAGUCACCUUCUCCGUUAUGUCAAGUUUUGGCGCGAUGAAGGGUUCCUGAGGUGA